AUGGCCCAUACAACUUCCUUUUCGGGAAAUCCCAUCGCUCCUUCCCAUCCAAGAGGAGGAACUACCGCCAUCAUCAAUCUGUACCGGCACCAUGUAGAUCUAUUCCUGGUCCUAUUUCUGUUUGUAGGGCCUGUCCAAUAUAUACGUAGAGUCUCGACAGCAUUCUCUACGAUGCUCCGAUCAAACCCCACCCGUGUCGCUCUCACCGAGGACGACCUCUGCUACCACAUCGACAGCAUCUUCUCUCGGAACGAUCAGCUCACUAAGUUGCACCGGCAGCGCACCGGCUCUGAUAACAGCUACGAUGGGGACGACGACGAAGAUGGUCUCUUCUUGGACUCGGACGCCUUUUCUCAGUCAGAGACUCUUUUCGAGUCGGAGUGCGACGAAACCCAGCAACGGAUGACGGCAGAGGGAAGUCCACAGGAGGCCUUGGACCAAAUACACACCAGAGCGAGCGUUUCCUCACUUCGUCGCGGUCCAGUUUCCGUGCGUUUCGCUUCAACUGAGUCUUCGCCGUUGAGCCCAGGCGCUGACAGUGACCCUCAACUGUCUCAAGUCAUUGUCAGAAACCGAAGACCGCUGGAUGACCCAGGAAUGUGUUCCAUACAGUCUGUAUCAGACCCUCAUUCCCUUCCUUUACCCCUCCAAUUGGCGCUGCUUUCGAGCACAGACUGGAACAGAGUGAGGGGUGGCUUUACUUCGCAAUACAACGACCGCGAACCCCGCGUGCCCAGCCCAAGGCUGUCUCGGCCUGUUGAAGUUGUAUUGGAUGCCAAUAUUGCGAGACUCUUCUCGUCGAUAACUGCUCUUCCCGUCAGAAUUUUUGGGCGACAAAGUGAUGUAGGGCUGUUUGGUAGCGGCACAAUGAUCCCUCGGCCACAGUCUAUUGAUUGUACUAACACAACACUCUCACCUAGAGAACCCCCGCAAAACUCACCUGUAUUCCAACAGGCUGUUCCAUGA